AUGGAGGAAACUUCAAGAGGCAAUGGAACCGUCUCAAUUUCUUAUGAUUCCCACGGAAAGGUUGAAAUUUGUGUGAAAAAUGAUAGAAACGUUGGCUCUUAUGGCGUUUUUGUUGGAGAUAAUCCAUUUGAUUUUGCUCUUCCUGCAACAUUGUUCCAAAUCAUUGUUAUUAUCACACUUUGUCAAUCUCUUCACUUUGUUCUCAGGCCAUUGCAAACACCCAAAUUCAUCUGCAGCGUUCUCGGUGGAAUUCUUUUGGGGCCAUCAUUUUUAGGGAGAUGUGAAAUUUACUGGAAAUCAUUAUUUCCUGCAAGACAAUCUGAUGUUUUAUUAGUGAUGUCAAUAGUUGGACCUAUAUACUUUUUGUUCUUCGUUGCACUGAAAAUGGAUAUGCUAAUGACAGUAAGAGCCGCAAAAAGUACUUGGCUACUCGGGAUAAUACCUUUUGCGGCUUCUGCUGUGGUUAUGUCAACACUUUUACAUCUUUUCUAUUCACCGCGAAAUUUCCCGAAAUUAAACCCACCACAUCCAUCAUUAAGUGUUACAAUGUCAUUCAGUAAUUUCCCUGUCAUAACUGAAGCUUUAUCAGAACUUAACCUCAUAGCAACUGAAUUAGGGCAGCUUGCUCUGUCUUCAUCCUCUUUCAACGACUGCAUACAGUUUACUGUCAUAAUAGGACACCAUAUCUCAACCACUGAGAAACCAAAAUUCCAAGCGUUGGCUGUGGCUAGUUGCAUAUUGUUCGCGUUGUUUUGCUUCUUUGUUUUAAAGCCAACGAUGAAGAUGAUUGCACGCAACACACCGUAUGGGAAACAAGUGAAACAAAUUUAUGUUGUGUUUAUUCUUCUUGGUGUUUUAAUCAUGUCAGGUAUAACUGACACUAUUGGGGUAACGUUCAUGAUUGGACCAUUGAUGUUGGGUCUGAUGAUACCGAGUGGACCUCCUUUGGGAACAAUAUUGGUUGAAAAAUGUGAAGUUAUUAUCUCAGAUUUUCUGUUACCUUUCUUCUUUGCUUAUGUUGGCAUGACUACAGACCUGUCUUUACUUAAACGUUGGAAAGAGUUUUUUACUUUGCAGUUUAUCUUACUUGCGGGCGACAUGGCCAAGGUAGUUGCUUGUGUGUUGGUUUCUAUGUUAUAUAACAUUAAGCCCAGACAAGGCACGGUGCUUGGUCUCAUGAUGAACAUCAAGGGCAUAACCCACCUUAUAGCUAUUACUAAAUUGAAGAAUCUCAAGUUGAUGGAUGACGAUACAUACAGUCACUUGGUGAUUUGUGUGGUGGUUACAACCGCAGUCGUCUCACCUUUGAUUAAUAAACUAUACAAGCAUCGUCAUCGAGUACUAAAUUCGUCAACCAAUUUGGACCAACAAAUGACAACAAUCCAGAACACUUCUAGAAAUUUAGAGUUUCGCAUUGUUACUUGUGUACAUAACGAAGGACACGUACGCGGUAUCACUGCUCUAUUAGAAGUCUGCAACCCAGUUCCGCAAAGCCCGAUAGCUGUAUACGUGAUUCACCUCGUCCAGCUUUUAGGAAAAAGCGCGCCAAUUCUGCUUCCGAUUAAUCACAAACAGAAUAAGAAAUUUCUGUCAGUGAAUUACCCUGACACAAACCACAUCAUGCGAGCAUUUGAGAAUUAUGCUAGCAACUCUUAUGGUCCGGUUAUUGUUCUACCAUAUGUCAACGUUGCACCUUAUAAAAGCAUGCAUGACGCUGUUAUCAACUUAGCACAAGACAAAAUGGUUCCUUUUAUAGUAGUCCCUUUUCACGAAAAUGACCAUAUUGACCUCAACGGACACGUGGCAACCGCGAUCCGAAGACUAAAUACCAUGUUUCAAGCACGUGUGCCAUGCACGUUGGGGAUAUUGGUGGAUAGAUACUCACGGCUUGGAGAGAGUAACGACAGUGGAAAAUCUUAUUUUCACGUGGGAGUGUUUUUCAUUGGUGGAGCAGAUGACAGAGAAGCAUUGUCUUUGGGGAUUCGAAUGUCGGAAAGGGAAAACAUGAAGGUGUCUUUGUUUCGGUUUGUUAUGUUGAAUAGACAAGAAUAUGAAAGUACUCAAUCUCAAUCGGGUGUAGAAAUAGAUGAGGAAGAACAAGAUGAAACGUUGGAUGAAAGUUUAAUCGAUGAGUUUAAGAGUAUGAAAUUUGGGUCAGGGAAUGUUUGUUGGUACGAGGUUGUGGCGGAGGAUGGAGUAGGGAUAAUGAGAUCAAUUCGUGGUUUGGAAGGAGACUAUGAUCUUGUGAUGGUUGGGAGGAGACAUAAUAUUGGAUCUUUGAAAGAUGAAGAAAUGGGUAACUUCAUAGAGAAUGCUCAAAUAUUAGGGAUAUUUGGAGAUAUGUUGUCAUCAACAGAGUUCUGUAUUGGGAUGGUUCCUGUUUUGGUGACACAAUGUGGUGGGGAUAAAAGGGUAAGUAACAAGCUUGAUAGACUAGGUUCGGCUACUGCCUCUCAAAUGAGUUUACUGUUUAAUAAAUAA